AGUUUUUACGGCUUCUCUUCUCCUCUCCGAUGCCUUUGUCGAAUUAGAAGUCUGGGACUUUCCCCUCUCUGCCUUUCUCUGGGUAUUUUGCAUCUCUUCAUUUCUUCGCUUGUAAUGCCAUAGAAAUCAGCUACUAAGUACUCCCAUCUCCCAACUCUCACUCUCUCUCUUCUCACUGGACGCAUUCACUGAAAUCUCUUAAUUUUGGGAGGAGAUGGAUCGUGUUAGCAGUCUACCAAACGAGCUUCUUUGUCAUAUAUUGUCCUUCCUUACCACAAAGGAGGCUGCUUUGACUUCUCUUCUCUCCAAGAGGUGGCGCAAUCUCCUUGCAUUUGUCCCUUAUCUCUACAUUGAUGACUCUGUCUUUCUCCAUCCUGAAGAGGGUAAGCGGGAUAGGCCCGAAAUUAUACAGAGCUUCAUGGAUUUUGUGGAUAGAAUUUUGGCUUUGCAGGGUGAUUCUCCCAUUAAGAAAUGCUCCAUCAAGUGUUUAACUGAGGUUGUUUCAGUUCGUGUAGAUGGUUGGAUAAGUAAUGUGUUGGCGCGUGGUGUUUUGGACCUUGAUCUAUUAAUCAUUUUGGAUUCAGAGGGAGAUGAUCAUUAUCUGCUGCCUCCAAAAUGUUUCCAGAGCAGCACAUUAGUUAGCCUGAAGUUAGACGGUGGAAUUGAUAUUGGUUGGGUGGCUGGAAGCAUUUUCUUACCGAUGCUUAAAACUCUCACUAUUAACUCAGCUCGGAUUGAUAACUUUGAGAUUCUUCUUCAUGCUUUGCCUGCGCUUGAGGAAUUAUCCCUGUUUGAUGUAAUCUCGAAUGAUCAGGGUGUGAACAUAUCAAGUGCAAGCCUCAAGACCCUCACAAUAUAUGACAUUUAUUGUUCUAGCACUUUAUCAUUUGAUACACCGAGUCUCAUUUACUUUAAGUACACUGGUUUUGUUGCGAAGGACUACCCAGUAGUUAAUAUGAAAAACUUAUUUGAUGCUCGAAUCAUCUUGUUACUACAUAUCCAGCGAGCUAGAGAACCAGAUGAAUAUCAUUGGUUCGACCAAGACGUUGCUCUCAGAUAUAGCAAUGUGUGGAAACUCUUUCUUGGCUUACAAAAUGUUACAAAUCUUUACUUGUCUCCUGGUACUCUCGAGGUGCUUUCGCGAUGUUGUGAAUCGAUGCCGGUGUUCAAAAACCUCAAAUCAUUAGCUAUUAAGAGUAACAAGGAACGAGGUUGGCAGGCAAUGCCGGUUCUUCUAAGGAACUGUCCACAUUUAGAAACUCUAGUCAUUAAGGGUCUCUUGCACCAUGUCACAGAUAAAUGCGGGGAUGCUUGUGACUGCAUUUCUAGGGAGGACAAAGGUCGUUCGCUGACAUCUUGUCCAGUAAAAAUGUUAGAGAUUCGAGGGUUUAGAGGAACAAUGAAAGAGAUGACAAUGAUAAAGCAUUUCUUGGUCUAUUUUCCGUGUCUGAAGGAGAUGAACAUCUAUGUUGAAGAGAAUGAUCCUACAGAGCUCAGAGUCCCUGAAGUGUCUAAAUGUAUCAUGCAGAUGAUGGAAGAAUACAACAAGUUAUCGAGUUGCAACGUCGAACUCCUUUGAGCAAAACUUUAAGGAAGUGGCCAGGGCCGUGCCAAGAGUUUUGGUGGCCUAAGGCAAAAAAAAAAACGUUUAAUACAUUUUUGUAUUAAAAUGUGUUAUAAUUUA